AUGGCCCACAGAGCUCUGUACCAAGCGCUGUGCAAAGUCGGCGAUAAAGUCGUCUACCCAGUGUUGCCGGCAUUCGCCAAACCCGCGUGGAACCAUCCCGCCGGACCAAAAACGGUGAGGCUUCAAACUUCCAGCUAAAAGUCAGCGCCAUAUGGUUUCCAGGUCUUUUUCUGGGCGCCGACCAUCAAAUGGGCUCUCGUCGGUGCUGGCCUCGCCGACCUCGCUAGACCUGCCGAGAAACUCUCCGUUUACCAGGUUACCAACUUUUAUUUUCCAAAUGUUAGGUUAUCUUAGGAGUUCCAGAGGGGUCCUUAUAGUGGCAACCUUAGGGGCUCUUGGAGCGUUCCUCUAGGGACCACUUUACCAACCCCUAUAGAAGGCACUAAAGAGUGGAAACAUGCUAGUCAAUGAUUGUCAUAAACUCUAAGCGAAGAAGCUUUUUCAUAGAAAAAACUGAAUAAAUAAGCGUUAUUGGAUGAAAUUGAGAGACCCCUAUAGGGUCCACUUGAGCUUUUGGGGUAAGGGGUCAGACCGUAAACCCCUAUAGGGACCACCUUAAUUUUACCUCUACAGGGACUCCUUUUUCGGCCCCACAUAGGGGUUUUUUCUCCCUCAAACCCCUAUAGGGACCACUCUGGAAGUCCUAAGAUUCGAAAAGUUCUCUGCUUUUUCUAAAAGGCUAGGCUUUGACCCACCUAAAAACAUAAUUGUUCAAAAAAAAAAAACUGGCUUUCUCUAUACGACGCGUUUUCCAUACGUUUCUAGGAAGUUGAAGCUUUAAGUUCUUCUUUUUUCUUUUUCUUGAAACUUGCGAUUGAAAAUUAGUUCCACUGCAAAGCGAAUUUUUGAGUAAGGAAGCAAAAUACAACUACGAAAAUAGAAAUUCAAUAGAACAACCAAGUUUCAAACACAUCGGGAGGGAUUUCAAACCGUAGACUUAUCCAGAUUGUCAAAAAAAAAAAAUUGGAAAAGAGCGGUCAAUUGGAAUGACCGGUCACCAUAGAGCGUCGCAGUGAUGUCUCUGUUUUGGAAUUCCUCUGCGACGAAUUCUGAUCGAGUGGUUGCAGAACAGCGCCUUGUUCGCGACGGGGGCCAUCUGGACCCGCUACUGCCUCGUGAUAACACCGGUCAACUACUACCUGAGCAGCGUCAACUUCUUCGUCAUGUGUACAGGCCUGAUCCAGCUUCUGAGGAUCGCCCAUUACAGGUUUUUCUCUUCUUUGUGUUAUUGGUUCAUUGUUUUAAUUUGCAGAUAUGAAAAUCCUGAUUGGGAAGCCAAGGAGAACGCCGCUCACUAA